AAGUGCUGGCGCCCGCGAGUCAUGGCUGCAAAGAGCUUCGCUUCCCGUCUCAGGACCUCGCGGCGGUUUCUGAAUGGCUUCUUGGCCGGGGCUGUAGUGGGCGCCGCGGGAGCGGGGCUGACGGCGCUGCAGUUCCUCCGGCGUCCGGACGCGGGAUCCGCGAAGCUGGCGAGGCAGCCACACGAAUCUGCAGAAGAAGCUGUCUUGGAACAGUUUGGGUUUCCUUUAGCUGGAACAGAGACCAGGCGUUACACUAACCAUGCCUUGUCUUACGAUCAGGCAAAACGGGUGCCCAGAUGGGUUCUUGAACAUAUAUCCAAGGACAAGAUCAUCGGUGACGCUGACAGAAAGCAUUGUAAAUUCAAGCCGGAUCCUUCUGUCCCUUCAGCCUUCAGCGCCCUCAAUGAAGACUAUAUCGGAAGCGGCUGGUCACGAGGCCACAUGGCCCCGGCAGGAAAUAACAAGUUUUCCAGUGAAGCCAUGGCAGAAACCUUUUACCUUUCUAAUAUCGUGCCUCAGAAUUUUGAUAAUAACUCCGGCUACUGGAACAGAAUAGAAAUGUAUUGUCGUGAGCUGACGGAGAGAUUUGAAGAUGUGUGGAUAGUAUCAGGACCUUUAACCUUGCCUCAUACUAGGAAUGAUGGAACGAAAACAGUUAGUUACCAGGUGAUUGGUGAGGACAACGUGGCCGUUCCCUCGCACCUUUACAAGGUGAUCCUGGCUCGCAGAAGCCCGGAAUCUACGGAGCCGCUGGCGCUGGGGGCCUUUGUGGUGCCAAAUAAAGCCAUUGGGUUCCAGUCCCAGUUAUCCGAGUUCCAGGUGAGCCUCCAUGACCUGGAGAAGAUGUCAGGUCUGGUGUUUUUCCCCCGUCUGGAUAGAAGCAGGGACAUCCGGAAUAUUUGCUCUGUGGACACCUGCAAGCUCCUGGGUUUCCAGGAAUUCACUCUGUACCUGAGCACGAGGAAGAUUGACGGAGCCCGGUCUGUGGCCAGACUGGAGAAGGUUCUGGAAGCUUUGAAGAGCUCAGGGGUGGAACCUGACGGUUACUUCCUGAGUCGCUAUGAGAAAAAGCUGGAGGAACUGAAGGCUAAGGAGCAAAAGGACGCCCAGCUGGAAAAGCAGUCCUAGUGUCUGUCUGGGUGUGCACUGAGCACCUGUGACCAACAGGUUUAUUUUCAAGAAAUGAUGGAAUUCUGACCAAAAUCCUCCAAAGACUCGGGACUCAAAACUCAGUGUCGUUGUCCUUCGCUGGGAUCCGAGGUGGCCGAGAUGGUUUUAAAACUCUGCUCUCACGUGCUGCUUCCCUCAUGACCCUGAAGUCCUCCCAUCUGUCUGUGUUGGAGGAUCCAAUGACUGUUCGUCCUCUGUGCAAACCCUGCUAUCCCGUCUUACCUGCGGGGAAGCUGAGGCUCAGAGAACUCUGUAUCUUUACCAUUGGUAUUCAACAGAAGUCAUCCAGGGUGCCUCAGAGUCCAGACAGAGUUAGAUGGGUGUAACUCAGUCCGUACCUGGUCCCUGCAUCCAGGGCUGUUUCUGGUACUACAGCCCUCCUGGUGAGAAGGGUGUAUCUCUUCUCACAUCAUUUCUGUGGGAAGAAAUGUGGGUCUUGGAAAGAUUAGGUACCUUGUGGGUUUAACCAGAGACUGUGGUUCCCUCCGCGGAUCACACGGUGCCAGAUAAGUAUGUUUCUUGCCUCACUGGCUCCUAAAGGAGCCCAAGAAAGGUGUGUGCCAAGAGUCGCCGGGUACCUCUGGUCCUGCUGUCUGCUGGACCAGCACACCACAGGUAGGUAUAGCCUGGGCCCAAGGUCCAAACCAGCUCAUUGCCUGGGGAAAGAACAGCUGCUUUCUGUGCCGACCUCCAGACUGGUUUAUUCAGAUCUUGAGCUGUCCUGAGUACAUGCGCAUAGCCCAGUAGCUUCUGGGCAAAAGGACUUGUCUGAAUCUGCCACUCUGCCACUGUCCUCCAAGCAGUACGAGAGUGAUCUUUGUGGCAUUGUGUUUGCCUCUGAUAGAAAUGCACGACUUUACAAUAAAGACAAGAAGGCUCUGGCUGAGCCGGGCAGUGGUGGUGCACGCCUUUAGUCCCAGCCCUUGGAAGGCAGAGGCAGGCGGAUUUCUGAG